AUGCUCGUUUUUUCGCUCCUUUUCUCCUCUCUCGCCCCUCUUGCGGUCCUUGCUGGCACGCCCAGCGCCGUGCGCUCGCUCAGCGGCAAGGAUUAUAGCUACUUGUUGAAGCGCUCAGAUGGACCAUCACCGUUUGCGUUUUCAUACCCUCAUAAGCGUGCUCCCGUUGCUGUUCCACCUACGCUCCUCUAUCCUGGCGGCGUCGAGCGCCACUGGGUUGCGACCCAGGUUCUUUCCAAUGCCAGAAUCGAGAUAAUUGCUGUCAGGAUGGUACAGAGUGUUGCUCCACAAACUCUCUGUGCUGCUCGGGUGGUGGUUGCUGUGGAGAUGGAUGCUGCAGUGGCGGAGAUUCUUGUUCUGUCGUCAACGGUGUUAGCAUUUGUUGCAAGGCUGGCCAACAGUGCGAUGGUGCGGUUGGAUGCGCUCAAAAUGGCCAGGUUCAAUGUCCAGGAGAGACAUUCUGCUGCCGUAACUGCCGGCGAGACUUGCGGACGCAACGCAGCUGGAGAAGCGACAUGUAAUGGACAGACGGCCUCGGGUAACUCUGUGACAAUCAGUGCAAACAAUGCGACCCCAGUCGAUACAGAGGUCUCUGUACCCACAAGCGGCGCAUCGAGUAGCAGUGCUACCGGCUCUAACUCAAGCUCAAGCUCGACCAGGAGCUCCUCGAUCUCUACGACUGCACGCACGACGACAACCGUUGCUCCCACCACCUCGGCGACAAGCUCGACUGGUGGAGCCUUGAAAACAAUUCCAGCCGCCGCUGGUGUAAUCAGCCUCGGCGCCUUGGCUUUAUUCAUCGUUGCUUAG